AUGGUUUCUGACUUCGCCUACCUGGUGGAGCCAGGAGGUUUUGGCGGGAGCCGGAGUUCUGGUGUACCCAACAUCGGAGAGAGCGAGUCGACCGUCGACCUGCAGGCCGAAAUGUAUGUCUCGAAUAUCCUGCCGGACGAGGCGACUAUUGUUUACCCGGAGCGAGGCUGCGUGCUGGCAGCGUUGUGCAGCGACCACUCGUAUGCAAGCUGGGAGGACCCGCCCACCCCACCACCGCAACUACGCCGCGGAGGCCGCGCUCACCCACCCGACGAGCGAGUCGUGUGCAAGCCCCAAUCGGGCCGUUGGUCCUCGCUGCUGCCCGUGGGCACGGUGGUGCGCAGACCCUCGGUCAAGCUGGUCCAGCUCGUCGCGCAGGCCAUACACGAGAGCCCGCACCGGGUACUGCGAGUCACGCAAGUCUAUGCCGCACUGCAGAACAGAUACCCUUACUACAGGCUCCUGGACACGAAGAGCAUCCGCAGCUGGAAGAGCUCGGUGCGUAACACGCUCCUCCGAAAGUGGUUCAUGAAGCUCCGCCCCACGUCCGGAAUGUGCGAGACGGUUCGGCCAGGGAAUUUCUUCUGGGGCCUCAACUACAGUAAAAGCCCACGUGACUGGCAGAUGCCCGGAGGACUGCCGUGGCUGUUCCUGCCGACCGACGACGAAGGUGAGCAGCGAGGCGACGAGGCGUCCACGCUCUCGUCGGGCCUACACGUGAACACCGAGCAACCGAGCAAGACGACGGCUACAUUGAUGCCGUCGGCCUUCCGCCUCGAACUGGAGUACACGCUUUUCGCGCCUCCAGAACCCCAGUCACCGGGUGACAAGCACAAACUGUCCACCCUCCAGUGCAGCGAGCUCGCGCCGGUGACGUCGGCUGCGCAGUCGGAGGACGACCUGGUCUCCGUGGGCAGCCCUCCUUCCUCGCUUCCCCACAUCGCGCCGGCGGACUUGUGGAAGUCCCCGAGCAUGAAUCCGGUCGGCUGGCCGGCGCCGGGGAGAGCGGAGGAGCAGGCCUGGCAGCAGCCAAGUGUCAGCGCCUGUGCCGCGCCACCCAGCCUGUGGGACGGCAUGUACUUCCAACCGGAGGCCUUACUGCGACCGAUGCCACACGAGUAGGCCGGCCGCCUGGGUAACAUCCUCGGAGGCUAGUGACUGCUAUCGGCCGACGACCAGUGCUUCGCCUUCGUGAAUGUUUCGUGGGGCCUGUGGAAUAACUUUACCCGGCUUGGUUUUGUAAGGAGGAGCGUCGAGUCACGCGCCAGUGGUGAGCGACGGCGCAUUGUGGCGCUCGUGGUGGCACCACCGUCCACGCCACUCCCCACCCAGGUCGACAUCGGCGGGCUUCUGUCCUCGGGUGAGGCCGACCGACGCUUCACCGGCAGUGAAGAGUGAUGGUCGUUCACCGUGGAAUCAUACUCACAAGGCAGAGUUGAU